UGCGUCGGACUAGUAGCAGCGGCAUCUCAUAGGCCAUAGCGCCCCCACUCUCUCUCUCUCUCUCUCUCUCUCUCUCUCUCUCUUUCUCAAUUUCAGCAUUAUUCUCACUAUAACCUAUCAUUGGGAUAGACACCGGGGAAAGUAAAACACUUUUCGCCACUUUCUAAAACUUGGGCGCCACCAAAAUUAUAUUAUAUAUUUAUAAAAACGAAGGUAGAAAACUCUUCAUCAAAAAUCCCAAAAUCCCCUAAAUUCGCAAACGCUACGGCCCCCGAUCCCUCCCCACGAUGACCACACAGGCGCCGGUGCCGGCGCCGGACUACGGCUGCGGCGCAGGCAAGGUUGUCCUCGGGCGCUACGAGCUCGGCCGGGUCCUCGGGCGCGGCGCCACGGCCAAGGUCUACCUCGCCCGCGACCUCAGCUCGGGCCUCUCCGUGGCCCUCAAGUCCAUCCCCAAGUCCCGCCCCCAGGGAGGCGGAGGCGGCGGCGGCGACGGCGACGGCGGCGCCUCCCCCGCGGCGAUCUUGCGAGAGAUCUCGUCGCUCCGGCGGCUGCGCCACCCGCACGUGGCGCGGCUCCACGGCGUGCUGGCGUCGCGCUCCCGCAUCUACCUGGCGCUGGAGCUGGCCCGCGGCGGCAACCUCCUCUCCCGCCUGGAGUCCCGCGGCCCCGGCCCCGGCCCCGGCGGCGAGCAGCAGCAGCAGGAGGAGCUGGCCCGGCGGUACUUCCGGCAGCUGAUCUCGGCGGUGGGGUACGCGCACUCCCGCGGCGUCUUCCACCGCGACCUGAAGCCCGAGAACCUGCUCCUGGACGAGCGCGGCGACCUCAAGGUGACCGACUUCGGGCUGAGCGCCCAGACGGCCCACCUCCGCCCCGACGACGGCCUCCUCCACACCAUCUGCGGCACCCCGGCCUACGUGGCCCCCGAGAUCCUCUCCAAGCAGGGCUACGACGGCGCCAAGGUCGACAUCUGGUCCUGCGGCGUCGUCCUCUUCGCCCUCAACGCCGGCUACCUCCCCUUCAACCACCCCAACCUCAUCACCAUGUACAAGAAGAUCUGCCGCGCCCAGUACCGCUGCCCCAAGUGGACCUCCCCGGACCUCCGCCACCUCCUCUCCCGCAUCCUCGACCCCGACCCCCACACCCGCAUCACCCUCGACGGCAUCGUCGCCCACCCCUGGUUCGCCCGCGGCCUCGACGUCGGCCGAUGGACGGCCGUGAUGCGCCUCGGCGACGGCGACGACGACGACGACGACGGCGACGGCAAGGACCAGAUGGAUCGGGACGGGAGGGCGCUGAACGCGUUCGACAUCAUAUCGCUCGCGCCCGGGUGCGACCUCUCCGGCCUCUUCGGCGCGGGGCGCGACCGCGACCGGUUCUGGACCGGGCGGAGCAGGUGGCCCGCGCCGAGGGGUGGAGGGCCCGCAGGCUCGGGAAGAAGGGGCUCGGAGGGGUCCUGCUCCAGGGGCAAAACGGUAAUUUCGUCGCCCGCGUCGAGGUUUACCAGAUUGCCCCCGGAACGUCGAUGGUGGUGGUCGUCACGGGGGACGGGGUUAAGGACCGGAGGUUCUGGGAAGAGAGGCUAGAAUCGUCUCUGAAAAAUCAGACGGUUCGAGCUCAACCCGAGUGCCCGGUUCAAAAUUCGACCAAACCGCUUCCCUAUGGUACAGAGAUGUAGCGCAUGUAUUUGCAUGUACUGAUGUACAUAUACAUAUUUUAGAAUAAACUGAAAUUAGCUCGCCGGCGCGAUUUUUUCAGAUCCGGCUGGAUCUGCUCCGGCGCCGGCCUUUUUUAUUUUUUUUGUUUUUUUUUUCGUAAUUACUGCACUAAUUGUGCAUGUAAUGAUUUCUUUUAUACCCAAAUGAGAGUGAAUAUGCUUGAAUAUUACUGUUA